AUGAUAUAAUAGAUUAAAAAAUAUAACUCAUUACAAGAAUUUUUAAGGUCUUCACAUUUACCUCAUUAGAUUCUACAUAUUGAUCUCAAUUACAAUUAAAUUGGUGAUGAAGGUGCAUCAGGCUUAGGUUCAGCUUUGGCAAAAUGCAUUAAUCUCUCAAAUUUGACACUUGACCUUAGGUCUAAUUUAAUUGGUGCAAUGGGUGCAUCAGGCUUAGAUUCAGCUUUAGCAAAAUGCAUUAAUCUCUCAAAUUUGACACUUUACCUUUAUUACAAUUAAAUUGGUGCAAUGGGUGCAUCAGGCUUAGGUUCAGCUUUAGCAAAAUGCAUUAAUCUCUCAAAUUUGACACUUGACCUUAGGUCUAAUUAAAUUGGUGAUGAAGGUGCAUCAGGCUUAGGUUCAGCUUUGGCAAAAUGCAUUAAUCUCUCAAAUUUGACACUUGACCUUUAGUUUAAUUAAAUUGGUGAGGAAUGGGUGCAUCAGGCUUAGGUUCAGCUUUAGCAAAAUGCAUUAAUCUCUCAAAUUUGA